ACACACUGCAGGUGUUAGCUUAUUCCGUGGCUCAAACACAUGGAUGGAGUUUGGCUCUGACUGCUAGCAAUGCCCAAAUUGUUUCAACAUAAGUUCCCGGACAACUGUUCGAGUCCUCAGAGGGGCUUCUGGUCAGCUAUAGACGUGUGGCUAAAGAAACCUCACGUUAUCAAUAAGCGUCUUUGCGGAGUUAAAGAAACCGAAAGCAGAGACUUGUCCGCCGGGGAGCUACGGCUCUUCCUGGCCGAUGAUGGACUUCAUGAGGCGGUGAUGUCGCUGUGCUGCAGCCCCAGCUCACCCACUCAUCUGCAGAACAGUCCGUGGAGUUUCAGCGUGAGAACUUUUAUUCCCAAAACUAACUGUUACGGACAAAACCUGCAUAAAGAAGCUGUACUAAAAGACUUUGAAAGGGAGCAGGUGACCUUUAUUCCAUUUGAGGAGGAUGUUGAGGGGAAAGUUUCAUUCAAGAAAAGCAACAUUUACCUGAUCCAGCUCUGCACGGAGGCCACAGAGGAGUGGGCCCUGCAGCUGCAUGUUCUGACAGAAGAUGGAUGGGUCUCCGAUGGCGUCGCCUGUCCCAAUCUGUUCUGGCUCUCCUCAGAGCUUUUGCCUAAACUGGUGCGCUGGGCCACUGAGUCCAAGACCAGCGAGUUCAAGAGCACAUUGUCUCUGCUGCCAGUGGAGAAAUACAGCUUGGUGUACCAACACCUGAAGGAGAAAUACAAGGCCAUGGUGAAGGUUUGGCCUGAGGUUACCGACCCAGAGAAGUUUGUUUAUGAAGAUGUUGCUAUUGCUACAUAUCUGCUGGUGCUGUGGGCCGAGGAGACGGCGGAGAAAAGCCUGACGACCAGGCAGUCCUUUGUAGACCUGGGCUGUGGAAACGGCCUGCUGGUCCACAUACUGACCAACGAAGGGCACCCUGGAAAAGGCAUUGAUGUCCGGAGGAGGAGAAUCUGGGACAUGUACGGCCCUCAGACUGUUCUGCAGGAAAAGGCAAUUACUCCCGGCGAGACCUUCUUAUUCCCCGACACAGACUGGCUGAUUGGGAACCACUCGGACGAGCUCACGCCGUGGAUCCCCGUCAUGGCAGCCAGGUCAUCUUAUUCCUGUCGCUACUUUGUCCUCCCCUGCUGCUUCUUUGACUUUUAUGGAAAGUACCAGAGACGCCAGAGCAACAAAUCUCAGUAUAAGGAGUACAUUGACUUCAUCACCGAGGUCAGCCAAGUCUGCGGCUUCAACACUGAAGAAGACUGCAUGAGGAUACCAUCCACCAAAAGGGUGUGUCUGCUGGGAAAGUCCAGGAGCUACCAGCCGCCCGAUGAGGCUGUUUCGGAACGGCGGCGAACUCAUUUCAUCCAGAGCCGCCAGCCUUCCUCGGGGGUUCAAAGGUCAGACAUCAGAACUGAUGGGGACUGUUGCCAUGGGAACACAAACCGUGAGGACACUUCUGGAGGCACGUGGGGGGCUGGCUUCCAGCCGAGAGACAAAGUUGAAAGGGUUCGAAACUGCGCCGCUCUCCCUCGGGACUUUAUAGACAAAGUUGUCCUGCGGGUUGCUAACGCUCUUCUGGAAAAGACUGGAGGAGGUUCCUGCAGCGACUGGAACCAAGGAGGUAGCCUUUCUGUGAGCGAAGCUGCAGGUCUGCUGGAGCCGGAAACCUUACAGCUUCUGAAGAACGAGUGUGGAGGUCUUCAAACACUUCUCAAGAACAACUACCAGGUCUUUAAGGUGGAGGGAGGAGUCGUCUACAUAAGAGACUGGCGGGACGCUACACCAUCCAAGGCAGACAGGCGGAGGAAACAAAUCACCCCCGGAGCCCUGAAAACUCGCUCCUGCUGGUUCCAUGAUCAUCACCCUCAGGGCUGCCCCUUUCAAGCCCAAAACUGUGCCUUUGCCCAUGGGCCAGAGGAGCUCCGACCCUCCACCAGGCCUUUGAAGAAAAAGAUGAAGAGCUUUGUCUCUUGACUGGAAAACUUUUCAUUUGUAAUUCAGGUUUUCUGUUGUUUUUUUUUGUUUUUUGUUUUUUAAAGAAAGGAGGCUUUAAUUGUAAGGAGAGGAUUCUUUUUUACAUUUUCUUUAUUUUAAGUUUUACACCUGGAACUUGUUUACUAAAGAAAAUUGUUAUAAAUUGAAAAAAAAAAGUAUUUUCUUUGUUUAAUAUGAUUAAAAAUCAUCAAAUGCAUCUAAAGAUAUACAUCUGGUUAAAUUCCAGCAUCUGGUUUAAGGACUUCUUUGUCCUCUGCACACGCUCAGUAUUCACAUCUGUGCUUCGCUUAGACAUUUGAUUGACCUCAGGCGUGUACUUUGAGGUUCACAGACAGGCGGCGGAUAAAGGUUGGUCCGUGUAGGAACAAAGUAAAUGUUAGCCCUAUGAAUUAUUUGUUGGCAGCACUUGAAGGGUGGGCCGCGUGUCAGCCGCUCUCAUUGGCCACUCAUCGCUAACGGAGGAUGUCAUCACGGAGCUUGAUAAAAAAGCAAAACCAUAUGUUUCUAAAUGUGACACUGAAAAUUCAUGGCAAUAAACCCUUAAAGACU